AUGUCCCUUGCCACUCGUUACCAUACAUUUGGGUUCUGCCUUCAGACGGGGGCGGGGAGGGCGCACCCAGAAAAAAAGGAUGAGCGAAAUAGGACGGUAGUUUGUCUCUCUCCUUCCUCCUGUGUGUCGUCUAGACCCACGGCUGAGCCUGACCAAAGGGAAACACUGCAAUCCCUGCACUACUCCGGGGGAAGGGGGUUGGUUGCUGCUGAGCCCCCGUGUAGAUACACACAUUUCUCUCUAGCCCCUUCCAGACUCUCCGCUUCAACCGGGCACCCGGGGCUGCGGGAGAGCGGGCUGUCCCGAGGGGGAGCGAGCAGGAGCGCCGGGAUACGGGACCGACGGGGCAGCAGCGGGGGCCGAGCGGGGCAGCAGCGAGUCCAGCCUCGCCCCACCUGCGCAUCACCCUGCACUCGUGGGACCUCGCUCGUGUCCGAAAGGAGGGGGGCGAAAGCGCUCUUACCUCGGAAUGGGAGCCGCGCACGUCCCGCUCCCCCCGCCGGACUCCCUUCAGUCCUAAAAUUCGGGCACACGGCUGCUAACACCUCCCUAAGCAGCCGCGCAGGGUGCGGGAGCUCGCUGUGCGAGGCCGUGCUGUCCCACUGCCAAUCGCCUGUCCCCGAGCCCGCGGCGACGGGACGUGACUCCAGCCAAGCGGCUCCGCUUCGGAUGCUGAGGGCGCUUGAGAGCUCGAGCUUUCCUCAGAUUCAGGUUUUGCUCCCUUCUUCUGUCCCUCACCCCAACUUGUCAGACAGAUGAAGCCUGAAGCAGACUUAAAACUUUAAAGAACGGCAUCACCAGAGCAGCUCCUUCCAGCCCCUUCCUAGGGGAAUGGUGAGUGCUCUCUGAACUUCACAGAGAUCGCUUAUGCCCUAGAGGCCAAAAGGUAUUCAGCUCUUUGCCUUUUGUUUGGUUUUGGGUUUUUUCUUUCCCUCUCUCAUUCAUUCACAAUAAAUCCCCAGUAACGUUCCGAUUUU